AUGGUAUUUUCCAUGCUGGCGUUACCCCAUUUCGCGACGCUGUGUUGUCGAGUUCUGCGCGAAUAUCCCACGCCUGUCAUCAAGGAGCAAGUCAGGUCCAAGAAGAAUGACGAUGCGGAGGAAGAGGAACCUUUCCAGAAGAGCGAGAAAGCGGCACAAGCAUCGCAUGUCAACCUCAGUGCUAGACUGUCCAAAGAAGGCUCUACGGGCAAGAAUGCAGGUAUCAAGGAAGUAUGGCGGUUGAUCAAAAUCGCUCGACCAGAAGCCAAAAUUCUAGGAUGGGCGUUUCUGUUUUUGCUCAUCUCUUCCACCAUCAGCAUGUCUAUACCUUUCUCUAUUGGCAAGAUUUUAGAUAUUGCCACGAAAGGAGCGGCAAAGACCGAAGGUCCAGAGGCUGAAGAGAAGAGUGAAAUGUUGUUUGGUCUCAGCCUGACCACCUUCUAUGCUGCUCUGGCUGCCAUCCUUGCCACUGGCGCUGCAGCAAACUACGGCCGGAUUGUCAUUCUUAGGAUUGUCGGCGAACGGAUUGUCGCUAGGCUCAGGUCGCGACUCUUUCGACAGACGUACAUCCAGAAUGCCGAGUUUUUCGAUGCAAAUCGUGUGGGUGAUUUGAUCUCCAGGCUCGGCUCCGACACCAUCAUUGUCGGUAAAUCUAUUACGCAAAACCUGUCUGACGGACUACGCGCGUUUGUUAGCGGAGCUGCAGGUUUUGGAAUGAUGGCUUGGGUUUCGCUCAAGUUGACCGGGAUCUUGGGUUUGCUGUUCCCGCCUAUCGCGCUUGGGGCCUUCUUUUACGGACGCGCAAUUCGCAAUCUAAGCCGCAGGAUUCAGAAAAACCUGGGCACGCUGACCAAGAUUGCCGAGGAAAGACUUGGUAAUGUUCGAACGUCACAAGCAUUUGCCGGCGAGAUCCUGGAAGUCCAUCGAUACAACACCCAAGUCCGCAAAAUAUUUGAGCUGGGCAAGAAAGAGUCACUCAUUAGUGCUACAUUCUUCUCUACCACAGGUCUCAUGGGUAACAUGACCAUCCUUACCCUUCUCUAUGUUGGCGGGGGAAUGGUCUCGAACGGGACGAUCAGCAUUGGCGAGCUCACCUCCUUUCUUAUGUAUACAGCAUAUGCCGGGUCUUCACUGUUCGGACUGUCGUCGUUCUACUCAGAGCUCAUGAAAGGAGUGGGCGCGGCGUCCAGACUCUUUGAGCUUCAAGACAGAAAGCCUACCAUCUCUCCUACCAAGGGUGAAAAGGUGGUCUCGGCCCGAGGUCCAAUUCGCUUCGAGAAUGUUUCAUUCAGCUAUCCUACGAGACCUGCUGUCAAAAUUUUCCAGAACCUCGACUUCGAAAUACCGCAAGGCUCCAAUGUGGCGAUUGUCGGUCCGUCCGGAGGAGGCAAGAGCACUAUCGCCAGCCUUAUCUUGCGGUUCUACGAGCCGACAGAAGGCCGCAUUCUGAUCAAUGGAAAGGACAUUGCGACACUGAAUGCCAAGUCACUUCGCCGAAAGAUCGGCGUGGUUUCGCAGGAGCCCGUUCUCUUUUCUGGGACAAUUGCCGAGAACAUCGCCUAUGGCCGGCCACACGCGACACGAGCCGAAAUCCUGCGAGCUGCAAGACGAGCCAAUUGCCAGUUUAUCAGUGAUUUCCCGGAUGGCUUGGACACACAUGUGGGCGCGCGUGGCACCCAGCUGUCUGGUGGUCAGAAGCAGAGAAUUGCAAUUGCUCGAGCUCUGGUCAAGGAACCCGACAUCUUGAUCUUGGACGAAGCUACAUCAGCGCUCGAUGCCGAAUCAGAAACCCUUGUCAACGAAGCGUUGGCUUCGUUACUGAGGGGGAGUAACACGACCAUCUCUAUCGCCCAUCGGCUGUCCACUAUCAAACGGUCUGAUACCAUCAUUUGCUUGGGCAGUGACGGUCGCGUGGCUGAGAUGGGCUCGUAUAGAGACCUCAGUAGUCGACCGGACGGUGCGUUCACGAAAUUGAUGGAAUGGCAAAUGAGCGGCGGUGAUGCGCCCCGAGUCAACGGGCCGCCCAGCGAGAAGGACGAGAUCGAGGUGGACUUGGAACAAGGCGACGAAACGGACGAAGCAGAUACGGAGGAUGAUAUUGAGGGCAAUAAGGUCCAGGAGACGGUGGACAAAGCCAUCCAGGAGAAGAAAUAA